AUGCAAUUUUCGCUUCUAAUUGGACUUGGUUGCGCACGACGAGCAUCAGUGGCUCAAUCGCCCCCGGGCUUCGUCCCCAUUGUCACCUCUCCCCCUCCACCGCGGUGGCCAUUCCAUCCUUCACUACCGCCGCCGCCGUCCAAUGCUAGGCCAUCGUCUACCCAAGGCAGGAUACUGGCCGGCCUCCUCAUCGGCGUCGUGGCGUGCUUGAUCGUGUUCACCGCCGUGUGCACCCUCUGCAGGGAGUACCGCGACCGCCGCGCUCGAGCCGCGGCCGCCGCUUGGCGGUGGCCCGUGCCGGAACGCAAUGGCGUGCGCGUCGUUGGCGAGCGGCAGCUUGGCCGGGCCUACGCCGCCAGCCCCACGGCCGGCCUCCCGGCGUUCACGUACAGCCCGUCCGUGAAGCGCAACAUGACGGGCGGCGGGGAGGAGGAGGCGGCGACGUGCUCGGUGUGCCUCGGCGCGCUGCAGCUCGGCGAGACGGUGCGGCUGCUGCCGGCGUGCCUGCACAUGUACCACGCGGAGUGCAUCGACCCCUGGCUGGACGCGCACUCGACGUGCCCGGUCUGCCGCUCCGACACCGGCCCGGCCGCGGGCGUCGGCCGGCCACCGUCUGUUUAGGUUUUUCCGUGGAGAGGUGUAUGGUGCGUGCUGCUUUAGAUAUUCGUGUACCAGUUUGUCUAAUUCACAUCUAGAUGUUUUUUAAGGAUGUCACAUCUAACCUUCCACAAGUAUAUAAUGCAUCAACAAGAAACAAAAAAAAACUAGAACAA